GGAAACCACGUGCUCGGCACUCAGGAAGCAUCACAACCGAAGCAUCGGUUAGCUUGCUGCGUUUCUGUGAUAAACAACUUCAGAUUUAUCGGUUUUGACGGUCUUUUGGCGUUAUUGUGCGUUCGCAGGCUUUCCAAUCAUGUCCUCGUUCAGAAAAGCGCUGAAGUCCCGACAGAGGAACCACCAUGAGAGAUCUCAGCUUGGUUUCAGGAAAAAUAUGGGUUUGUUGGAGAAGAAGAAAGACUACAAACUUCGAGCAGAUGAUUAUCACAAGAAACAAAACACCCUUGCUGCUCUUCGGAAGAAAGCUCUGGAGAAAAACCCAGAUGAGUUUUACUUCAACAUGAUCAGCUCCAAACUGGAGGAUGGAGUUCAUACGAUGAAGACCACUGAGGAGAUGACGGAAGAGCAGAAGAAAGUGAUGAGGUCGCAGGACAUAAAAUAUGUGGAGAUGAAACGGGUUGCAGAGGCCAAGAAAAUAGAGAAGCUGAAAGGAGAGCUCCAUCUUCUGGAUGCAGAGAGCAAACAAAGGAGCAAGCACACUUUUUUUGUUGAUUCCAAAAAGGAAGUGGAGAGCUUUGACCUGGCCAGCCACCUCAACACUGCUCCAGAGCUGGUGGAUCGCGCGUACAACAGACCAACUCUGCAAACACUGGAGACCAAGAGCAUCAAAGGAGCCGUGCAGCCUGAAAUUAUAAAGAAGAUGGCCAGGCAGAGAAGGCAUCAGUAUAAAAUCCUUUCCCAGAGGAUUGACAGAGAGAAGAAAAUGUUUGUCAUCAGCCAGAAAAUUCAGACCCGUAAAGAUCUACAGGAUAAAAACAAGAAAGUGAAGGUGAAAAAUGAGACUGUGUAUUCUGCAGCUAUUUACAAGUUUGACUCCAAGAGGAAACGCUAAGGAAGGACUAUUUGGACCGCUUAGUUUUGGGAUAGGAGCUUACCUUUGAUUCCAGCAGAUGGAGAAGACGACAAAUCUUUUCCACUGAAUUGUUGCAGUGGUGCCGCUUUGUUCAUAUUUGUGUAAACAUAUUAGUUUCUUUCAAAUAAAAACCAACACAUGCGC